CGAUCACACACCCUCCUGUGCGAAAGCAAAGCUACUUAAAUACGUUCCAACGGGUUUGGUCCUCAUACCACUGAUCCUCACCGCAUCGAUCGUACAUCUAAAUUAGCUCUCCAUACUGCAUAACAGUCUUGCGUGCGAACUCGAGUUUCCUGAAUUUAAGAGAAAACAAGUUCAAGAAGCAUAUAGACAGCAAUCGAUCAUGAAGGUAAUCGUUGCACUCGUCUUCCUCUCUGCCGUCAUCGCAACCGGUUAUUCGUCAAGGUCAAACAAUCGGUUCGAUGACAACCGUCCGAUCGAGUCGUACCGAUUACUCGAUGCUCUAGAAUACACCUGCACUGACAUCUUGCCUCUACUGGAUCACCUGAAUUACGUCAAUCGUUUCUUUGGUAAUACGAAGAAAUUGGUACAACCAGUGUGUAAGUACAUCCUGCAGGAAGCCGACGAUUUUGACCCCACCAAAUUCUGCACGUUCGUGACAGAGUAUAUCCGCACGCUUGCCUUGUUGGACCCUGGCCGCCGGCGCGUUGGUAGCAACAGUGGUCAACGUCGUGAUGAUUACGAUCUUGUCUUUAAAUUGGUGGCAAAUGCCACAAAAAACUUGUAUGGAAUUGACCCCAAUAACGCGACAACCAUCUGUCCAAACGCGAAUAAGUUGUUCGAGCCGACACUGGGCACGCUCUAUGAGGACAUCUUGACCGAGUAUUACACCGACCUGCUCACCGAAGCCAUCCCCGUUUUGGAGUCACUCUGUCACGGCCGGAAAUCCUUCUACACGGUCAUUGGUGUGCAAGUUGACUCCCCUUACGAGCAGUUGGCCGACAGUCUCCUCGACAUUGGCUCAGAGACGGCGGGAUAUGAUGAUUAUGCCGACUUUUGUGAUGGAACCAAACAAUGGUUCAGCCAAGGUUAUGCUGGUCGCAGGAAGGGAGCCAAUCGCUUGGUCAUCCUGAUGCGGAAUAAAUUCAACGACGCACUCGACCGAUAUUGAAUAAUACCGCCCCAGAAGUGCUUAAAGGGAUACCCGGGCUGAAAAUAUUUAUAUCUAAAUAAAUAAAAAUCACAAAGCAAAGUGCUGAAAAUUUGAUCAAAAUCGA